GCGGAUAUGACGUAAAAUGACGCAGUUCCGACUUCGACGCUCUCUCUUCGCUACAGCUCAGCUGCUGGCAGGCCUGCAAAGAUGCAGAUUUUUGUGAAAACUUUAACGGGGAAGACCAUCACCCUUGAGGUGGAACCCAGUGACACGAUUGAAAAUGUGAAGGCCAAGAUUCAGGAUAAGGAAGGUAUCCCUCCUGAUCAGCAGCGUCUGAUCUUUGCUGGGAAACAACUUGAAGAUGGGCGCACCCUGUCAGACUACAAUAUUCAAAAAGAGUCUACUCUCCACCUGGUGCUGCGUCUGCGUGGAGGCAUCAUUGAGCCUUCUCUGAGACAACUGGCACAGAAAUACAACUGCGACAAAAUGAUCUGUCGCAAAUGCUACGCCCGCCUUCAUCCUCGUGCUGUCAACUGCCGCAAGAAGAAGUGUGGGCACACCAAUAACCUGCGUCCCAAGAAGAAGCUGAAGUAAACUUUGUUAGUUUCUGGUCCAUUGGUGAAUUUUUUUCAAUUCAUAGAUUAAAAAAAUUGAAUUGUCUA